AAUAAAAUAGCGAAUUACUCACACACCGUUUUUGCCGCCACUUCCGUAGCUACGGACACUUCAUUUUUCGGGGGAAGUAUUUUGCAGUGACACAGUCGAACUGUCAAGUUAACCAUGUUUAUCUGUGCAGCGAGGCAUCAUUUCCUGAGGAGCAGCCAUAUCUGUGGCAGCUGGGCAAGACCAACUAACUUUACAUCGUGUUGCAACACCUCUGUCAAAAUAUUUUUUACUGUGACCUGUACUCCAAGGACGUGGCAGAGACAGACCAGUAGCUGUGUUUACACUGAGAAAGACUUCAACCAGGCGGAGAUCGUGGAAAAGCUGCAGGCCUUCUCUGGUGGAUCUAUAGAUCUUUCCAAACAAGACUCUGGCAUAGCUGUUCUCACCAUCAACAACCCUUCCCGCAUGAAUGCCUUUUCUGGUACUAUGAUGGUGGAGCUGGAAGAGAAGGUGAGCCAACUGGAGCAGUGGACACAUGGAAAAGGCCUCAUAGUCCAGGGUGCUUCCGGUACCUUCUGCUCUGGCUCAGACCUUAAUGCUGUCAAAGCAAUUUCCAAGGCCCAAGAUGGCAUGAAGAUGUGCAUGUUCAUGCAAAAUACUCUCACUAGACUACUCAGGCUUUCUCUGAUCUCUGUUGCUCUUGUGGAGGGGAGAGCCUUAGGAGGAGGAGCAGAGCUUUCUACUGCCUGUGAUUUCAGGUUAAUGGCACCUGGCAGUGUGAUCCAGUUUGUCCACAAACACAUGGGUCUGGUUCCAGGCUGGGGUGGGGCUGCUCGACUAAUCCAACUGGUUGGCAGCCAGAAUUCCCUGAAGCUGCUUGGCGGCGCUUCAAAAGUAGACCCCGAAUUUGGCCUCCAGAUAAGACUGGCAGAUGGAGUUCUUCAGGACCCGCGAGAAGAAGAAAGUGCAGGGACUCUCCUGCAGCAGGCUGAAAAGUGGCUUAGUCAUUGCACCAACGGGCCACCGGCAGUGAUCCAGGCUGUGAAGAAGGUAGUGCUGUCAGGAAGGGAGCUCCCUUUAGCUGACGCUCUAAGGACUGAGAAGGAUGUGUUUGGGACAUUGUGGGGUGGUCCAACUAACCUGCAGGCACUAGCAAGCCAGUCCAAACACAAAUGAGUACACCAAGGGCGGUAGCAUUGUCUCAAUUUUAUUUAUGCUCCAUUUUACUGCUUUGUUGUUUCAUUUCCAGUAUGGAAUAAAACCAGACAGCUAAGAUGAAGAACAUUCUUGCCAUUUAAGGAAAUAAAAGCUGCCUAUGCAGUAGUUCACCAGCUAAAGUUCCUGUGUUACUGAUGCUGUGAUGAUGUGGCCACUCGGAAUCAGCAGCACUUAGAUCCAGACACUGAUAAGGCUUAUCUCCUUUACAUGUAUCGCCAGGAAAAUAUAUUUCCGUUAUUUCUUUUCCUCAGCCAAAAUUAAAGACAGAAAACCUAUCAAAUAAUAAAUUAUAAACAAUGCCUGCCUAUUGUAUAUUUAAUAAGACAAGGCUUUGGCACCGCCCGUGUUCUCUGUAGAAAACUGGUCAAACAUACAAGGAUGUGGCCAAGAUGCUAAAUGUCCAUCCAUCCAUUUACUACCGCUUCUCCCUCUUGGAGUUGCGGGGGUGCUGGAGCCUAUCCCAGCUGCACUUGGGCGGAAGGCAGGGUACACCCUGGACAAGUCGCCACCUCAUCGCAGAUAAGACAACAUUCACGCACUAGGGCCAAUUUAGUGUUGCCAAUCAACCUAUCCAUGUCUUUGGAGAUGAAAGGAAGACAAAGGGAGCCCACGCAGUCACGGGGAGAACAUGCAAGCUCCACACUCGGCCCCGGGGAUCGAACCCAGGACCUUCGUUUUGUAAGGCACACGCACUAACCCCUGUGCCACAGUGCUGACAUAUGCUAAACAUCGUAAAAUGAAUUGAGACUAGAGGUGAAAUCAAGGUUUGAAAAUUUCCAAUGUAUACAUGUUCUAAGGAAGCUAACAUUUACAUUUGUGAAUGCUGCAUCAUAUUUACAUGCAUACACAUUACCUUAAUUUAAAGGUGCCAAAUUCAUGGCCAAGGGAUCCUCUUCAUAACUGUAUGUGGUCCAUGCUAAUGCCUGGAAAUAUGUCAAUAAAGUAUUUUAUCUUUCCUUA